CAGACACACAGGAGAGAGGACGUUUUCUAAUCUCUCCUGACUUCUGUUUACAACAUGGACGUCAUGAUGCCUACAAGGAUCGUCCUGUUUGGGGAAGCAGGAUCAGGGAAAAGAUGCGUGGCUAACCUUCUAUGUGGAGACUCUGUGUUUGAGAUAAACCAUUCUUCCAAAUCCAUGACAAGUGGAUUUCAAGUUGAGACGAAGUCUGCCAAAGGAAGAAGCAUCACUUUGGUUGACACUCCUGACAUCAUCGACUCAGAAAGGCCUGAGGAGGAGCUGCACCACGAACUAUUGAGAUGUAUCACAGAGAGCGUUCCUGAGCCUCAUGCUUUUGUCAUUGUACUCAAAGUGGAGAAAAUCACAAACACUGAGGCAGACGUCAAAAAGAAAAUGUUCCAGUUCUUGUCUACCUUUAGUUAUGAUGCAGUUGUGUUUACUCGUGAUGACCAGCUUCUUGAAGAAAUGACGAUUGAGGAGUUUGUCAGUCAGGACAAAAAUUUGAGUGAUUUGGUGAAGAAGUGUGACAGCAUGCAGAUUUAUCAGAUUGUCAAUGAUAAAGAUAUGCUGACCAAAGGGGACAGCCACAGAAGUAACCAGUUCCAGGUGGCACAGCUGCUUAACGCAAUAGACAACAUGAUGCUGAAAAAGAACGCCAACUACACCAAAGAAGACCACACCAAAGAAGACGUGUGUGCUGUUAUAAAAGAAAUUAAGUCAGCAGGAAUAAUGCUGAAGGAAGAGAACAACAUUAAUAAUGCUUGGUUCAAAGUGACUGGCCCCGCAGCCGAACCCUUGUUGAAAGCUUUCUCUGAGCAAGCUUUUGUAGCUUUGCAUGACAAUAAAGAAUCAAGAGGAGAAGUAGAGGACACAGCUGAAGAAGUUGCAGAAAAACUGCCAAAACCAAAAGAAGAGGAAGCUGAUAGAGAUGCUGUGGAAGUACCUGGACAGGAAGAAACAACAUUACCGGGAAAAACACUAACAGUGCCGUCAUCAAGGAUUGUCAUCACAGGACCAGCUGGAGUGGGGAAAAGCAUCAAAGUUCUAAGAACAUACAGGAUUGUCCUGCUGGGGAAAAAGGGAGCUGGGAAAAGCAGCCUUGGAAACACCAUAUUUGAAGAGGAUGUGUUCGAGAUCAAACAUGACCCUACCUCUGGAACAGCAGAAUGCCAAGCAGACUCAAAAUCUGUAGAUGGGAGAAGAAUAACUCUGAUUGACACUCCUGGUUUUCUCAACAUUGACAGAAGUGAGGAGGAACUGAGACAAAUGGAGAGAUGUAUCACAGAAAACACCUCUGGGCCUCACGCAUUUCUCAUCGUGCUCAAAGUGGAGAAAUUCACAAAGCAGGACGAAGAUGUCAUCAAGAGAAUAUCUCAGUAUUUCCCUGGAGUUUUCAAACAUGCUGCAUUUGUCUUCACUCAUGGUGACCAGCUCCCAGAGGGAAUGAAAAUAGAGGAGUUUGUUGAAGAGAAUAAAUGUCUCAGUGAUCUGGUGAAGAAGUGCAGUGGCAGUUGCCAUGUCCUCGAUAACAAAUACUGGAAGACAAACCAACAGGAUGACUACAGGAGCAACAAGUUCCAGGUGGCAGAGCUGUUAAAAACAAUAGACAAGAUACUGAUGGAGAACAAAGGACGUUGUUAUAAGACGCAAAAAGCAGAGAGGGCAGUAGAAGAGGAAGGAGAGCAUGGAAAAGGUGAAGGAUAUACACCGCAAUGGGCCACCAGUAAGAGUGUCCUUCAGAGUGCAUGGAUCAAAUUAACAGGCCCUGCAGCAGGACUAUUAGCAGAAGCAUUCCUGGGGACAGCCAUAGUAGUUCUGCAGAAAGCUGAGGGAAAAGAAGAAGACAAUAAACAAGAAGAAGACGUAGAAGCAGAUGAAGAAGAAAAAGAAGAGGAAAAAGGAGAAGAUGUGGAAGAAAAAGAAAAAACAGAACAAGAUGUGGAAGAAACAGAAACAGAGGAACCUGUAAAAACUGAUGAAACAGAAAAAGAAAAAGUAACAGAAAAAGACAAAAAGGCAGAAGAUGAACAGGUGACAAAAAAUAAAGAAGCGAAAAACGGGACAAAAGCAAGACAGGGAGGAACUGGAGCAGGAGGGAGUGGAUUUUUAACAGCUCUAGGUGGUCUCGGGAUCUUUUUUGGGAUAGGGGCAGCAUUAUUGGGAGGGUUCGGGGCACUAUCUGCAGCAGGUAUAGGUCUUUUUGCGGCAGCAGCAGCAGGAACAGUGGCAGGAAAAAUUGUAGGAUCAAUCAUUGGAUUAAUCAUUGGAUCAAUUGUUGGAUCAAUUGCUGGAUUACUUGGUGCAAUUGGAGUAGCUUUUAUAGCUUUUAUACAGUUCUUAAAGAGUCAACUAAGACGCAUGGGGAUCCUAUUGCUAGUGGUCGUCUUUUACUUAAUGUUGCUCUUAUCAUUUGGUGUCCAAAUCAGAAUUCUUGGAACCCUCCUCCUUAUAUUAGGAGUGGUACUAAUGUUUGCAGUGUUAGUGUUAUUACUAGUGCUAUUAUAGAAGAGCCUCACUCUCAGAUUUACAAGAAUCCAACACCCGUGAGGGGCAAUGUACCAAAAAUCCCUGUGGAAGAAAAAAAAAUCCCCAAAAAGGUACACCAUGAAAUACCACAUUUUUUCCAAAUCUUAAAACUAGGGUUGUCAAAUUACUUUUAAUGCUGCCAAUUUUUUUGUCACACGAUUGACGCAUGCGCGUUCUGUAUGACCCUCAACCCAUCCCGUAGUUUGCCAGACCAGGAAGUGGCGCCGUCGUGAUGCGGUACAUGCGAGCAGAAAUGGAUGUCUGUGCCUUACUGCUGAGCUCUCAGCAGAGACUUGACUUCUUUAUGUCCAUGUGUGGUGAUGAGAU